GAUCGGCACCGUGGAGACUCGCGCCGGCCAACACGGCCCGGGAGGCAGCCUUGGCCUACUCGGAGAUUCGCGCGUCGCCAACAACAUUCGCGGCUUCUUCGCCACCCGGAUAGGAAGCGCCCUUCCAGACACAGGAUGGCGCGAAUCGCUGCUUUCGCUACCGAAGAAGUGGCUGUCCGGGACGUCUCUGGUGCCCCCCAGCUCGACCACGGCUAGCACUGAGGAGCUCCCCCUGCCCAAGCUCCCCGUGCCGGAGUUAGAACAAACCAUGAACAAGUAUGAGUACACAAUGAGACCGCUCCUGAACACGGAAGAACAAAGAAAGCUGAAAAACCUCAUCGAGAAAUUCGCUGGACCAGGCGGACUUGGGACGCAGCUACAGCUCUAUCUGCAGGAUCGGAGAGAGAAAAUGGAUAAUUGGGCUUACGACUACUGGCUCGACGACAUGUACCUAAAAAACCCAUCCUCCCUCCCUGUAAACUCAAACCCGGGCAUGGUAUUCCCGCCCCGGAAAUUCACCACAAUCCUGGACGUGGCCCGCUUCACGGCCCGCCUUCUGGACGCAGCACUGGACCACAAAACCUAUCUAGACAAGAAGCAACUCCCGGUGGAACUAGCAACGUCCCGUGAACCCGGCCAGCCGCUUUGCAUGGCCCAGUACUACCGCAUUUUGGGCACUUGCCGGAUUCCGGGCCGGAAAAAGGACGCACAGGUGGUUCCGGGCAAGAGCGAGUCGGAACACGUGAUCGUAAUCUGCCGGAGCCAGCUGUACUGCGUUCCGGUGCAGGCCCCGGACCGGGGCCGCUUGAGCGAGGACGAGAUAUGCGCCCAGUUGUUGCACAUUUUGGACGACGCGCCUUGUCUGGCCAGCCCGCCGCCCGUGGGCCUCCUGACGGCCUGGAAGCGCCCGCUGUGGGCCGAAGCGCGCGAAAAUUUGAUGGGGAGCGAGCGGAAUCGGCGCAAUUUGGAUUUGAUCCAGCGGUCGUUGCUGGUGGUUUGUCUGGAUGAGGGGCUGGGGAGUGGGUUUAACUGUCGGUUGCAACGCGGGGGCAAAGGGCACAGUGCCGGGCACAGGGAUGAGACCAAUUUAGCCGUCCAGAUGAUACACGGAGGUGGCAGUACGUGCGAUACUGCCAAUCGAUGGUUUGAUAAAACCAUCCAGUUGAUUGUGUCUGGAGAUGGUGCUUGUGGCUUGUGCUACGAGCAUUCGCAAGCCGAAGGAAUCGCCGUGAUACAGCUUGUGGAGAAGUUGUGGAAGCAUGCAGACUCUCAACCAGCUACCUCCGAAGUACCUUCGGCUUCGAUAAGCCAUUUGCCGCCGCCCGAGCGCCUGGAAUGGACGCUGGACGACAAGGACUUUUCCCGCAUCGAGGAAGCGGCUCUUUCCAUCGACAAUUUAGUCAAAGACUUAGAUUUCCAAGUGUUCAGAUAUACGAAUUACGGCAAGGACUUUAUCAAGUCCUGCAAAGUCAGUCCAGACGUCUACAUCCAACUCGCACUACAACUAGCUUACUAUAGACUCUACGGCAAAUUGACCGCGACCUACGAAAGCGCCUCAACUCGCAGAUUCCGCCUAGGUCGAGUGGACUGCAUCCGGUCCGCGAGCCCCGAGGCCCUGGCCUGGGCCAUGGCCAUGGCCCAGCCCAAGGACGAAGACGACAGCAAGAAAGUAACCUUCCACUUGGUCAGCGACGAGGAGAAGCUCCGGCUGUGGAAGGAGGCCAUCAAGCGCCAAACCACCGAGAUGGUGGACAAUAUCCUGGGCCAAGGCAUCGACAUCCACCUGCUGGGCUUGCGGGAGGCUGCCAGGGAGACCUCACCGACUGCUGCGCACCCACUGCCAGACAUCUUCACCGAUUACACUUACAAGUUAGCUAACAAAUUUCUCCUAAGUACGAGUCAAGUCGCGACCUCGACGGACAGCUUCAUGGGGUACGGCCCAGUGGAGCCGGACGGGUACGGAGCCUCGUAUAACCCGAAACCCGACCAUAUUAUUUUCUGCUUGUCGGCGUUUUGGUCCAGCGAAGUUACGAGCACUUCGAGGUUUGCACAAUCGCUAGAUGAAAGUCUCAACCUAAUGCAAGCUUUACUCACAAGACCUGCCACUUAAAAAUGCGAAUUAGGGGUUCAGGCCUAAGCACCAUUGGCUCAAAGUUAAAGAAAUUGAACAGAGCAGGAGGAAUUGAAGUGAACUGCUUGAUGCUUGGUUUUUUACGCAGUAUUAAAUCGAAUUUAGUUAAAUUAUAUAUUAUUGUUAGUAAUUAUGAAUUUUACGACUGUUCUCAUACAAAUGAUAUAUUUAUACACUCAAUCUGGUUAUUUAUUUUAUAAGACGUACUAGUAGGCGAGCUUUUGAUUGCACUUUACGCUUUGAUUGGAAGGAUUAAGACUUGAGUUGAGUUUUAAAAUAUAUAUUCGUUGUUGUGUGUUUUGCAUGUUUGUUACCACGUGGUUACUUUAUGUAUAAAUGCUUUAUAUACUAUAAAAGUCGUAGCUGUACAAACAAUAAUCAUUUAUUACUUAAUUAACCAAUGGCCUUAACAUGGCAUAUCACUACGUCUGUCAAUCUAGCUAAACAAUUGUAAUAUACUUGUUAACACGUUAGGUAAGAAGCCUUUUGACCGAUUUUGGCGCAAACGUGAUAAAAGUCCAAAAAGUAUUCUUCGUGUAUUGUAGGUUCCUAUGUUUUGGUUAGUGUACAUAGAUUACAUAGAAAAGUCGUGUAUUAGCAAUAUGAAAUAGUGUAUAUUUUUUCCACGUAGACUUGUACAGGGGAUGUUACCAACUACUCGAUUUCUUUUCUGAUCUGUGUCUUCAGAUUAUUUUAAACUUGCUGAAUAGCUUUAAUAUCAUAGUUGUGUUUGUUGCUUUACAUUAUCAGAUUGUUCAGUUCAGUACCAAAAAUCAAAAUUUUUGUAAAUACCGGAACUGUACAUAUCGCCAAUUUUUGCUGUUUAUGACUGUCACUGGAUGUUUUAACAUUAAUCUGUUGUCACUACGCAGUGAUGCCCGCACCAGUAUAUCUUGUCCAUAUUUAUAGACUAGGCCAGUAUUGUAGAUAUCUAAUAUAAAAACGCAUGUAAUUGUUUUUACACUCGAUUCAUUUAUAGUUGUACUGUGAUACAUAAACGCUUAUCUACCACUUUAUUUAAAGAUUGUAACCUUGUUGCGCCUUUAGUUUAAUGAACCAAUAUCGAAACAUAUCACUUUUAGAGACUGUAGCGUUGAAUGUUAUAUUGUGAUAUAUUUAUGUGACGGCAAAUAAAGACGUAAAAUGUU